AGAAAAGCAAAAAAGAAGAGUUGCUAAAAAAAUUAAUAAAUGAACGAGAACUGCAUCCUGUAGCAAAAACCAUGAUACAUUUACAAUUGCAUAAACCACGUUCUCGAUAUACUGAGGAAGAGAAAAUGCUUUCCAAACAAUUAUAUUAUUAUUCAGCAUCAGCAUUUUGCCGUUUAAGGAAAGCAGGUUGCAAUUUUCCUGGACAGAGAACAAUUAGAAGAUGGGUAGAAGAAUAUAACAUAAAACCAGGAUUUUGUGAUAUUAUAUUUCAAAAAUUAAAAGAAAAAAUUACACAAAUCCCUGAGGAAGAAAGAUUGUGUGCUUUAAAAUGGGAUGAGAUGUCCAUUAAAAACUAUGAAGAAUAUUCGUCGAAAUUAGACGAAAUAGAAGGACUCGUUGAUCUAGGACCCUUGGGCAAGCAAUCAGAAAGAAGUAAGUGUGUUUUUGUUUUUUGCCUUGAUAGUUUAAAUGCACGUCAUCCAUGGCGACAACCAUUGGCGUAUUUUCUCCCAGGCAAAUGUAUGAGAUCACAUGAAAUAGUUAACUUAGUCCACAUGUGUUUAGAUAAAUUGAAUGAAACGGGUGCUAAUGUAAAAUUUGUAACAUGUGAUCAAGGUACAAAUAAUCAAGCCGCUUACAGUCAACUAGGCGUUGAAGUGCAAAAACCAUAUUUUAUAUAUAAUAAUAAAAAGUAUUAUGCUUCACAUGAUUUUCCGCAUCUAGUUAAAAGAUUAGCGAGUUUUCUCAGAACGCAUGACAAUAUAUAUUGCAAAGGAGAAAUAAUUGCAUCAUAUUCUGAUUUUGUAAAAACCUGGGACAUUGAUAAUGCAACAGAAGGAGGCUCGAAUUUAUUAUCCCAUAUUUCACAGGCACACAUUCAUCCGAAUUGUUUUGAAGCGAUGAAUGUAAAAAGAGCUUUUCAAUUAUUUAGCCAUACAUUCGCAGCUGCUAUUAAAGUAGCCGGUAGCGAAAAAGCAUUAAAUUCAAAUACAUGGGAAGCGACAGCUGAUUUUGCAGAGAAUAUGAACAACGUAAUUGAUGCUUGUAACUCUUACAGUCUUAAAGUCACAUUCGGCGGAAAACGGCCAUUAUCAAGGAAAAAUCCAGAUAUUGAGGAUCUGUUAUCAAAGUUCGUGCAGUGGUGUCCAGGAUGGUCCAAAUAUCCGAACAAAAUAUAUCAAGUUCCUUGUUUCAAAGGAUUAUGCAACCAGGAUUCAGUGGAACAUUUAUUUUCAAAACUUCGGCAACGUGGAGGAUUUAAUCCUAAUCCAACUGCAAGAAUGGUUCGACUAUCAAUUAGACAUAUAUUAUCCACUGGUUAUAUUCAGACAAGCGAUAAAGGGAAUGUGCAAUGUCCUGAAAGUGAAGCUCUCAUUAAUAAACCAAAUCAAAUUACUAAGACGGUUGAAAAUUGUAUGAGUACAAAUAAUGUUAGUGUUGUUGAUGAUGUCGAGGAAGACGUAGAUGAUGCCGAUCUAGUUACAGAAUUACUUGACAAACAUGCGGAUAUCCUCGAGGAAUAUGAUGUGGACAUGAACGUAUACUCAGUAAUUAUGAUGAAAAUGCAAUAACGUAUUUUGCAGGAUAUAUCGCACGACGAUGUAUUGAAAAAAAUAAUUGUGAAGACUGUCGUGCAACUAUGUUGAAAACGCCAAUGGAGGACGCAACACCAAGUGAAAGAUACAUCGAAUAUCGUGAAUAUCCCAACGCAGAUGAAGAUGCUCCAACCGUAACGAAAUUAGUUCGACCAACGAACCUCUUUACAAAUGUUAUCAAAACGCAGUUGAUAAGUUUCAAUAGAACGUGGCAACAUCAUUGGGCAUCCACACAGGUUCUUGAGAAGAUUACAAAUGAAGGUAUGCAUGCAACGAAUAAAAUACAUACUGGAUGGUUUGACACAAAUGAUAAGUGUUACAAUCACCGCAUGCAAGCGUUAAAAUUUUUAAUGACAGUUAAAAUAUAUUCUCGUACGCGAUAUAACAAUUAUGCUACGAAAGCAGUAAAUACACGUAACAGAAAAAUAAAAAAUUUAUCAAAUAAGUAAAGUUUGGUAAAAAGAUUUAAAUAUUAUACAGUUAAGAAAAAGUAACAUAGAACGUACUUUUAACUUAUAUUAUAACUUAUUGCAUAAAAGUACGAAAGUAUUUCCUUCAUUUUUUUAUAUUAUUAGUAUCUUAAAAGUCAAUUACUGUAAAUUUAAAACUGAUAUUUAAUUUACUAGCAUUCGUUCUAUAACGGAAAAAAGGAAUACGCAUUUCCCAAUGUCAUGGAAGAUUGCAAUUCACAGUUAAAAUAAUUGCAUAAAUGUUUAGGACUAGCAAAUCUAUCACGGAAAAAGAAAAUAGUAAAAGAAAAAGUUAUAAUGUGAGCAUGCCAUGAGAUUGGGAAAUCAUAUUUCAAUUUCUUGCUUUCAAGGAUAUCCUAAGAUACGAAUAAUAUUAACAUUAUAAGGAAAUGCAUUCAUAUUUAUCUCAUUACUCGUUGGCACACGGUUCAACAUACUUAAAGGAAAAGUAAACGAAUACCGUGAAACUAUAAUAAAUCAUACACACACACACACACACACACAUAUAUAUAUAUGUAUAUGUGUGUGUGUGUGUAACAGUGAUUUUUAACAAAUCACAACCGAAAACGUUACGUCAAUAAAUUACGUCAAUAAAAAUUUUAAGUUACAGAGAAAAGAGACGUAAUAUACACUUAUACAUUUCAAGGAAAUCUACAUGUAGAUUUCCCCGUGUUAAGAUUUGCUAGUCUAUCAUUUAUGCAAUUUUUUUAACUGUGAUUGCUAUCUUUGCGUCAUGCUUAUAAGUAAUGUCAACGAGAAAUAAUAAAUUUUUUGUUCUACAACCUCUUUUGUUUAAAUACACGUUCUAUGUUAAAUAUUAAUAAGUAAGAAAUAUUUAUACAAUUAUUAUAUG